GGAACACGGCACACAACACUGAAGGAGCAGAGUGAAGACAGGGCAGCAAAGAGGGGUGGCGGGAUCCCACCCCUGAAGCUCCUGCUGCUACCCCACCCGGUCCCGCCACCCUUGGGACGCCGUCCAAGCUCCUGGGACGGCCUCCAGAACAGCUGAGGGACGAGCAUGCCGGAGUUUCUACAGCGGGGAGCUGACUGCAGACGGCUCUGUGCGGACGCUGGGGUCUGAUCGCAGAAGACGUAAAGCUCCCAGCUGGCGAUUCCUCCCAGGCUCAAAUCCUUCGGGGGCAGGAAAAGCCCUGCUGAAGAACCCAGAGAUGGAGGAAGUGAUUUUCGUGGGCCCCUUUGAUGCUGGGCUUUGGAAAAGAGGCACAAAACGCAAUCCAGGGCAUGACCCCAUAACCUCUGGCGCCCUGAGUGUCUGGAGUGGCUCUCCCCGGAUGGUGCUUCUGUUUGUCUUGCUGGCUUUGCCCUGUGCUGUUCAGGGAACAGACGGCAGGACGCUGAGACUCAGCCUGUCCCCGCGGCCCCGCCUCAAACGCCAGCCGGGCCAUGGGACGUGGACGCAUUGGGGCGCUUGGAGUGCCUGCUCCAGCACCUGUGGAGAUGGCGCCUCAUUCCGGACCAGGAGGUGCAUCCGGUUUCCUGAGGAGGAGAUGUGCAAAGGGAAGCCCCGUCAGUAUCGGGUCUGUGAACUGGAUGAUUGCCCCUCUGGAUCAACACCCUUCCGGGCCAUGCAGUGCUCCCUCUACAAUGGCAAGCCCAUCUCAGGGAGCCAGACACCGUAUCAAUGGGUCCCGUUUCACGGAGCUCCCAACCUCUGUGAUCUUAACUGCCUGGCAGUGGGACACAAUUUCUACUACACCUUUGGAAGAGUUUUGGACGGGACCCGUUGCAACCCUGACUCUCGAGAUCUCUGCAUCAGUGGUCGGUGUUUGAGAGCAGGUUGUGAUGGCAUUUUGGGCUCUGAUGCCCAAGCUGAUGCCUGCGGCGUUUGCAACGGCAUGAACGAGUCCUGCGUCUUCGUGCAGCAGGUGUUCCAGGCAGCGUUCCCCACCUCUGGCUUCUUUGGGUACAAGAAUGUGACCCGGAUCCCCGCAGGUGCUAGGCACAUCAAGGUGACAGAUCACAGCCGCAACUAUUUGGCUCUGAUGAACGCCAACCAGCGUUACGUCAUCAAUGGGGACUGGGCCAUCGACUGGCCAGGCGAGUACGAAGUGGCGGGCACCAAAGUGCGCUACACUCGCACGACUGACAUGCACGAGAGCUUUGAAGCCACUGGGCCCACCCAGGAAGACUUGUCUGUGAUGGUUCUCUUCCAGGAGCACAACUCUGGCAUCGAAUACCAGUUUUGGCUGCCGAAGGAGCAGUUCCGCCAUGUCCAGAGUGACGCCAGCCCCCUGCGCCAGCAACAGACCAGGGAGGUGGAAGGAAACCCAGAGGGGGAACCCCGAUAUAUCCCACAAGCCACAACAAGCCCACCUGUUCAAAAGGUCAGGAGUGCAGCCAAGAAGAUACUGCAAGAGGCACCUGUGUAUACGCCAGCAAGGACACCCAACCAGCUAGGGAGUUGUAGACGCUGUGAAACACCGAAAGGGAAAUCUCAGCGCAUUCACCAUUACUGCCAGAGUGACUUUGUCUUCCGCGCCAAAAUCCUUGCCAAGCACUACAUUGGCGUGGAGACCCGCUACGAUGUCCAGGUGAUGCACACCUACCGCAACCGCUUUGUUCUCGGGCGCCGGGAGUUCGUCUGGGUCUCCAACACCUGCGACUGUCCCCUGCUGGCGGAGCGGCGGGAGUACGUCCUGAUGGCCCGCCAGCACGUCAACUACGAGCACACCCUCAACCGCAUCCUGCUGCAGAGUGGCAGCUACGCUCGGCCCUGGUCGCCACGGGAGGACUUGCAGCUGCGGGACGUUGGCAAACACUGCCAGCCGAGCAGGGUGCUCUGAAGGGAUUGGGAACCUCUGGAGCCUCCUGUGGGGGCAGAGGGAAGCCGUCUUGGGACAACCACCCUCUGGAAGAACACACAGCAUGGAAGGGAGGGAGCAAGCCCCUGGCCAGUCCUCCCACCAGACUUGCUGUGUUAAAGGGGCCAUGGGUCUGGAAUGUUGACCGUUGUCAACCUUAUACACAAAGCAACUGCUGUGAGACCCCUUCCCCUUCUGCCCUUGGACUGUCUGCCUUAUCGGUCAGCAUGAGUGUGACUUUGAGGGAAGGGAGAAUCUGUAUCUCAAGCACGUGCCACUUGCCAAGUUAUUUGUAGGGGGAGUGGAGUUCCCAGGGCCAGAUUGGAGAUGCCGAUGGCUCUCUGCCCAGUUUCAACCCUCUCUACGUCCCCAACCCAUCGACCACCUUAUACCAAUAGGGAAAACCCUGUGGUUGGGAUGCCUGUCUAAGAGGAAAGGCGAAAAAGUUUGGGGUUUUCCUGUUUAAAAACAAGCCAAUGGUGUUGUGUGAGAGGGAGAUGAAAUGGGAUGGAGAAAGCGGUCAGGGAGAAUUUUUCCUUUCCCAAAGCUGAAGUACAGAGCAUCCCCUGAAGAUGACGGGCAAUUGAUUCAGGGCAGGUAAAAGGAAGUUGCUCUUCACCCAGCGCAUAAUUCACUUGUGGAACUCCCUGCUACUGGAUACAGUGAUGGCCAUGAGCGGUUUCAUAAGAGGGUUAGAGAAAUUCAAAGAGGAGGAGAGGCCCAUCAGUGGCCUCCAUGUUCAGAGACAGUGUUACCUCCAAAUAAUAAACAGGUGGGCAGGACAGUA